AUGGCCGCCCUCCGAUCUCAGAGUGCGGCUCGUAUGCUGCGAAGCGCUGCUGCGCCCAGAGUCGCCCUCUCCGCCGCACCCCGACGAUUCCAGAGCAACGUCACUCAGGCCAGCGGCACCAUCACUGGCCCUGUUACCAGCGAGCCCGACUACAAUAUCGAAGCUGACAAGGCUACCUCCACCUUCACACCUGUCCCUCGAUCCAUCCAGCAAGGCAACGAAGAGAUCCUUCCCGCUGCUGUGAUCUCAGGCGCUCCCAUGGAACUCCAGGCCCGAACAGUUCGCAUCUACCAGGAAGCUAAGCCAGCGACUCAGUCCGGCGACUGGCGCGGUCGACGCUGGCGAAUGGAUUGGGAUAUUCUUCCCAAGGGUCAUCGAUGGGAGAACCCGUUGAUCGGUUGGCAAUCUUCGGGAGAUUUUAUGCAAGGUACCCACAUCAACUUCUCGAGCAAGGAGGAUGCUAUUCACUUUGCUGAGAAGCAGGGCUACGAGUACUUUGUUCAGGAGCCAAACUCUCGCAAGUUUGCACCUAAGGCUUAUGCCAACAACUUCCUGUACUCUGCCAGAAAGCUCAAGCAUAUCAGGACGAAAUAG